AUGGCUGAAGUACAACCGGAGCGAGUGGAUGCCCGAUACAAAGGCACAGGAAACGUCUUCAGCCAGCAACCAUCAGCAGCCGCAAGCUCAUCCAAGCAAGCCCGAGACGAUGACUCGAAAGCCCCAUUGCCCAAGGGUGUCGUGCUAGACAAGGACGGCAAGCCCUGUCGCACCUGCACAUCCGUCGCCUCAUGGCGAGCCCUAACAAAACAAGCCAAAGCUGAAACCCCAACAAGCACAAAUCAAACGACAACCUCAAAACCAGACCUAGCGGCAGCAGCAACCCCCUCCUCAAGCGAAAUACCCGCAGAGUGCCCACCAGACGUCGAACAACUAGGCCGCUCAACCUGGACACUCCUGCACUCGAUGGCAGCGACAUACCCUGAAAAGGCGAACACAGAACACCAGGAUAACAUGCGCGGAUUCUUGAAGUUCUUCUCGAAGCUUUACCCGUGCUGGGUUUGCGCGGAUGAUUUCCAGACUUGGAUGGCGCAUCCCAGUGGACGGAAUCAGCCGCGGUUGGAGAGUCGGAAGGAGUUUGGGUGGUGGAUGUGUGAGGCGCAUAAUGAGGUUAAUCGGAAACUUGGGAAGAAGGAGUUUGAUUGUCGGUUUUGGGAGGAGAGGUGGCGGACUGGGUGGAAGGAUGGGAGGUGUGAUUAA